AUGAAUUUUAACGACGUUACCGUCAGUUGGCAGGAUAUAUCAGAUACUGAGCGUACAGCAUUAUUGAAUAAACCAUGUCCGCCACGCACGAAACCCAAAAUUCUACCACCACGAAAAACUCCCGAUCGAAUCACAUCUCGUGUUUUCAGUAUAUGCCAAUCGGCGGUAAUGAACAAUCAUACAGCACAACGACCAGUUCGAUUAAAUAAUUUAAAAAAUCAUACAACACUGACAAGCUCAAAAGAAAAUGUUGAUAAUGCGUAUCGUACAAUGAUUGAAUUUACUGAAACAUGUAAACGAGAAUCAACCAAUGAUGGAAAUCCAAUUGAAGUGCCUACGCCAAAACGUAUUCGUUCUUCAUCUCCUACAUCAACAUUCGAACAGCACGCGUCUCCAUCAGCUAUAUCACGUUAUAUAAGUCAUGAUAGUUAUUUAACAUUUAAUCCAUCACCAUCAAAUCAACGUGUAAUAACGAAUAAUAGUAACAAUAAUGUAAAUACUGAUACAGAUUUUAUUGGCGAAGAACUUUGGGAUGAUUGGGAUUUACCACCGACGACAACAACAGCAACAACAACCAGUAAAAAAACACCCGGUAAAAGUCGAACGAUGUCAUCACCAGCUGUACACUCACGAACAAAGAAAAUUACAGAUACAACAACCAUUAUUAAUGUACUUGAAACAAAAAACAAUCCCGAACAGACAUCCGUAGAAUCCACUUCUUUACCAACAGUUACUUCUAUUGUAUGGGACGAUGAUGAUGAUGAUCUCGAACAAUUAUUGACUCAAUUUCCUGCGGAAUUACCAUCAGACAAACGACUUGUAGAUAAUGAUUCAAUAAUAAUGAAUACACCAAGUACUAAUGAUGAUAAUACUACAUGUCUAGAUGCUACACGUCGAUCAUCAGCAAUGUUAACCAGUGAAAAUCAGUCAUUAGUUCAUAAUUCAACAAAAAUUGAACUAUCUAGUCAGCCGAACUUUCCUCAAAAUCGAUUAUCGACUUCAACAUUACAACGAUCAUAUACAGGACCGAUGUCGCCGGCUGCCAGUAAAAAUACAAUAAGAGUUAAUUCACCACGAGUUCGAUGUGAUUCAGCGAGUGCCGAAAAAAAGAAAAUAAUGUGUACUGAAGCUGAAAUCGAACAAAAACGUUUAGCUGCUCUUGCUAAACGACGUCAACGUGAGCAAGAGCAACAACAACAACAGAAAAAACGCUAA